GUCGUUUUCCGGAUCCGUUUUUCCCACCCCUAGGCACAACUGCACAAGGUUUAAAGAGUUUUCAAUGAAUAAACGGCAAACCGGCCAAUUAGAAGGGCAAAGCAUCUUCUUUCCGAUGUACCAAACAGAAGAAGAAGGGUAAAGGAAGGUCGGAGCUGAGAUCCUCCGGGAACCCAACACCCAGAACCUCCGGAGUGAUAGCUAAGAAAAUGUGGGAAUCAAUCUGCCUAACCGUAGCGGCCACCGCUGGUAACAACAUCGGCAAAGUCCUCCAGAAGAAGGGCACCCUCAUUCUCCCCCCUCUCUCUUUAAAGCUCAAGGUGAUAAGAGCAUAUGCAUUUAACAAAGCUUGGGCCUUAGGUUUUCUAAUGGAUUUGUUUGGAGCUGUCUUAAUGUUGCGAGCAUUGUCCCUUGCCCCUGUUUCCGUCAUUCAGCCUGUAUCUGGCUGUGGACUUGCCAUUCUUUCAGUUUUUUCUCAUUUUUAUCUCAAGGAGAUUAUGAAUCAUAUUGACUGGCUGGGGAUUGCAUUGGCUGGGAUCGGAACCAUAGGUGUUGGUGCUGGAGGGGAGGAUCAAAAGGCUUCAUCGAUUUCAAUUUUUCAUUUACCAUGGCUGGCAUUCUCUGUUGCAACUUUGUUUGUAAUCCUUAAUGGUUGCCUUCGCAUAUAUAAGCGCCAGAGAAGAGAACAAGAAUUGAUGCAAUAUGAAGUAGUUGAAGAAAUAACUUAUGGUCUGGGAUCUGGCAUACUGUUCGGGAUGGCAUCUGUUAUAUCAAAGCUUGGAUUUUUAUUCUUGGAGCAAGGAUUCUCGAAGCUGCUGUUACCUAUCUGCAUCUCCAUCAGCACAUGCUGUAGUGCUUCUGGAUUCAUUUACCAGACACGUGGCUUGAAGCAUGGGAGAGCAAUCGUGGUUUCUACAUGUGCCGCUGUUGCAUCAAUCGUUACUGGAGUAAUUGCUGGCAUGCUUGCAUUGGGUGAACAGUUGCCUUCAGCACCCAAAGCUCGUCUAGUUCUUCUCCUUGGAUGGCUAUUUAUUAUAAUUGGUGUGAUGUUGCUGGUCACUUCAAAGCGCAUUCUGCGUUGUCUGCCCCGACCAUUGGGACGCAUUCUCCGAGGUGGCGCUGAGAGAAAUCAAGGCUUGAGACAGUCAAGCUCAAUCCGCAUUAGAGAUCCGAGCCCCACUGUGAUCCAAGCAACUACACUGCACCACUUGAUACCGUCUCCACCCAAAGAGAAGGCUUGAAACUGGUAGCUAUAUUGCCAUUUGAUCCGGUUGGUGUACAGCAGUAUGGAUGGAUCACCUCAUCACCCGCUUACAUACUACAGACAGACUCUCAUAAGCAGAAGUUUCACACCAGAGGGCUUCAACCCUAUUUUUGUUGGAAUCCUUUUCUUGAGGCGUAUUUACUGUAAGCGACUUUGAGAGAUGGCUGUGUUGUAGACUGAGUGAGCUGCAGAGGAAAAUUGGUUUAUUAUCAUCGUUAUUGUUGUCAUUAUUAUUGAUGUUGCUGUUUUAUUACUAUUAUUACUAUCAUACUAAUAAUAACAAAAAU